UAUUGAGUGUGUUGAGAGGGAGAGAUUGCGCCAGUUUGCUGCUUAAUUCAGCCCGAGUCUCAAUAGCAUUAACACUGCAGGGGUGGAACUCUCUGCCAAAUUUGGGAUACUAAACAGAUUCAAGACACGCUAAAUCCUCCAGACCUCAGCAGCAUCACAAACCCUAAUCCGAUUCCCUUUGCCAUAGCUGACUCAAGGAAUCUGCGAGACAGAAAAAAGGACAACUCUGUCUCUGUAUAAUCCUUCCAAGGCAUUAAUCCCAAUUUAUUUUGUAUUUUCUUUCAACUGAUCUGAUUUUGUGUUAUUCACAAAAGCAAGUUUAGAGGAUCGGAAGUCAUUUGCAUAGCUGAAAAAAAGAUCCUGAAAUCACAGCAAAAAGAAAAGAAAACUGUAAGGAUGAGGGGUUUUCUUGGGUUGCUGCUGGUGUUUGCAGUCGGUGUAUGGACACAGAAAUUGCCCACCAGAGAUGAGGAACUUUUUCAAAUACAAAUUCGGGACAAGUCUCUUUUCCAUGAUUCCUCUGUGAUCCCAGAUGGAGCUGAGAUCAAUGGAUACCUCUUCAGGGAUACGCCCAAAAGGUAUUACUUUGUUGUGGAAGAAGACAAUACUCCUUUGUCGGUAACAGUGACACCGUGUGAUGCUCCUCUGGAGUGGAAGCUAAGCCUCCAAGAACUUCCGGAAGAGUCUAGCGGAGAAGGCUCAGGAGAACCAGAAGCACUAGAGCAACAAAAGCAACAGAUUAUCAAAGAAGAAGGCACAGAGUUGUUGUCAUACAAAGGGAAUGAUGUUGAAUCAUACAUGUCAGCCAGUUCCCCAUCUGGUUUAUAUCAAUUAGAACUUAUUUCAACCGAGAAAGAUACACAUUUCAAGGUGUAUGCCACCACAACGCCAGAGUCGGAUCAACCUUAUCCUGAGCUGCCUUAUGACCCCCGAGUUGAUGUGACUUCACUUGGACGCACCACUGUUACCUUGGCAUGGAAGCCUAGCCCCACAAGUUCUCUUAUGAAACAACCCAUUGAGUAUUGUGUGGUUAUCAACAAGGAGCACAACUUUAAGAGCCUUUGUGCUGUGGAGGCAAAAAUUAAUGCAGAUGAUGCAUUUAUGAUGGCACCUAAACCUGGACUGGACUUCAGCCCUUUUGAUUUCUCUCACUUUGGAUUCCCAUCAGAGAAUGACUCUGGCAAGGAACGUCCAUUAAUGAGUAAAUCUACUGCCACAAAGUCUCGUCCAUAUGCUGGCAAGCAAAAAGUAGAUCUUCAGAAAGUUUGUAUUGGAAAUAAGAACAUCUUCACGGUGUCUGACUUGAAGCCAGAUAUGCAGUACUAUUUUGACAUUUUUGCAGUUAACACUUUUACAAACAUGAGCACUGCAUACGUCGGCACAUUUGCCAAGACUAAAGAAGAGGCAAAGCAGAAGACCAUAGAACUGAAAGAUGGGAAGGUCACCGAUGUGUUCAUCAAGAGAAAGGGGAGCAAGUUCUUAAGAUUUGCACCAGUUUCCUCACACCAGAAAGUUAUGUUUUAUGUUCACUCUUGUUUGGAUGCCAUCCAGAUCCAAGUUAGAAGAGAUGGGAAACUUCUACUCUCUCAGAACUUGGAGGGUGUGCGCCAGUUCCAGCUGAGAGGCAAACCCAAGGCAAAGUACCUUAUCCGUCUGCGAGGAAGCAGAAAGGGUGCAUCGAUGCUGAAGAUCCUUGCCACCACCAGGCCAAACAAACAGCCUUUUCCUUCUCUCCCAGAGGACACCAGGAUCAAAGCGUUUGAUAAGCUGCGUACCUGUACGUCUGCAACUGUGGCGUGGCUAGGCACGCAGGAGAGGAACAAGUUCUGCAUUUACAAAAAAGAAGUGGAUGAAAAUUACAACGAGGAGCAGAGAAAAAGGGAGCAGAAUCAGUGCAUGGGGCCGGACACCAGGAAGAAGUCAGAUAAAGUCCUCUGCAAAUACUUUCAUAGCCAGAACCUACAGAAGGCUGUCACCACAGAAACAAUUAAAGGGCUAGAGCCUGGCAGAUCUUACCUCCUGGACGUUUAUGUUGUCGGGCAUGGAGGGCAUUCAGUCAAGUAUCAAAGCAAACUUGUUAAAACAAGGAAGUUUUGUUAAUGACUCUGUAUAUUAAAUAAAGUUUAUUUAACUCUAAGUGAUAUUCUACUAAAGAGCGUAUACAGCCUGACAACUUGCACAACUGAAAGGUUGUGACAGCGUUUGAACUGUAGAAAGAUAUCAACUUGUAUAUUUAUGUUUACAUUAUUCAGUGGUUGUUUGGACAGACUGAGCCUGGUGCUCCCAGACAGCAUCUGGCACUUGCAUUAACAUGGGUCGAUGUCUGAGCAUCUUAUUCAGUAUGAGGAGGAAGGCAGAAGCCCAAGGCAGAAGAUUUUCUUGAGAAAACUGCUCCAUCCCUGCAUGAACUGAAUUAAGUCAUUUAAUAGUACUAAGAACUGCAGAACACCCCAUUUCAAACUAACUGCACUGUUAUUGACACAGUAAGCAAAAACAGUAGAAAAAUGUAAAUUAUUUUAUACAUUUCUUGUUUCUUAGUAUUUUUUAUGAUUGUAAACUAUUAAAUUCAUAAGUCCCAUCUCCAUUUAAAUUUAAUCUUAAGUGUUUGUUGGACUGCAUUCUUACCAGUUACAUUUGCUAUUGUACAUUUUUUUAACGUGAUUGAGUUAAAUGUUUUAUUAUGUCCAUUUAUGUACAAAGUUGUCUUACAAAUAUUUGUGUACAUAAAAAUUAAAGAUAUAACAUAUAA